GUGAUGAAAAUUAUAAUAUAUAUUUCCAAGUAAAUUGUAUCCAUCAUUUUGCGUGGCAAUGUCGACGGCUUCCAUCAACGGUUGGUGCCUUACCUCCUCUUCUUCCUCCACCACCACCUCCUCUUUUUCCGCUCGUCGACGACCUACAUUGCGGCCUUCGGUCGUCGCUAGCCUUAACUCUUCUCCUUCUCCUCCGACUCUUAUCCAAGACCGCCCGGUUUUCGCUGCCCCUGUUCCUUUGCUCACCCCGAGAGAAGAGAUGGGAAACAAGUCCUACGACGAAGCCAUUGAAGCUCUCAAGAAACUUCUCAGUGAGAAAGGAGAACUGAAAGCUGAAGCAGCUGCAAGGGUAGAUCAAAUAACAGCAGAGUUAAACACAACAUCAGCUGAUGGCAAACCAUCUGACUCUUCUGUUGAGAGACUGAAAGAAGGCUUCGUUUACUUCAAGAAAGAAAAAUAUGAAAAGAAUCCUGCUCUGUAUGGUGAGCUUGCCAAGGGUCAAAGCCCUAAGUAUAUGAUUGUUGCCUGCUCGGACUCUAGGGUCUGCCCAUCUCAUGUGCUGGACAUGCAACCUGGUGAAGCUUUUGUGGUCCGUAAUGUUGCUAACAUGGUGCCACCAUAUGACCAGAUUAAAUAUGCUGGCAUUGGAUCUGCUAUUGAAUAUGCAGUUUUGCAUCUCAAGGUACAAGAAAUUGUGGUGAUUGGACACAGUGCCUGUGGUGGAAUCAAGGGGCUUAUGUCUUUCCCAUUAGAUGGAAACAACUCAACUGAUUUCAUAGAGGAUUGGGUUAAGAUUGGAAUCCCUGCUAAGGCCAAGGUGCUAGCUGAACAUGGUGGUGAGCCUUUGGGAGUCCAAUGUACACACUGCGAGAAGGAAGCAGUGAAUGUAUCCCUUGGAAACCUGCUGAGUUAUCCAUUUGUUAGAGAUGGAUUGGUGAAGAAAACCCUGGGAAUCAAGGGCGGUUACUAUGACUUCGUUAAAGGAAGUUUCGAGCUAUGGAGUCUUCAGUUCCAACUUUCAAGCUCUCUCUCUGUAAAAGAUGUGGCCACCAUACUCCAUUGGAAGCUCUACUAGGGACAUCAUCAUCCAUGCAAAGAUGAGGCUUUGAAUCUUCACCUUUUUUACUUUUCUUUCCUGCCUCACAUUAUAAUCUGAAUUCUGAACUGAGUUUUGUGGAUGAGACAGUUUCAAGAACUAAUGUUUCAGUUUAAGUUCUUUAGCAUAA